UCGCCUAUUGGCUGCGCGGGCCCCGCCUUCUCCCCGCCCUCCCCGCCCCGCCGCUGCCGGGAUGGCCCCGCCCCUGCCGGGAUGACCCGGGCGGUGAGUGCCAGGCCCUGGUGCUCCCGAAGCCCGCCGCGGCUGUGCAGGGAUCAGGCUUCAUGGCGGCGCGGCCGCUGUCCCGGAUGCUGCGGUGGCUCCUGGGGUCCAGCGCUCGGAGCUGCAGCUCAGGGGCUCCGGUGACGCAGCCCCGCCCCAGGGAGUCCGCGCAAGCUGCCUCGGAGGAGCUGUCCAGGCGGAGGCAGUUCCUGCGAGGGCAGGCAGCCCCCUUCUCUGCCAUCCUCACAGACAGCUUCGGCCGGCAGCACAGCUACCUUCGGAUCUCCCUCACGGAGAAGUGCAACCUCAGAUGUCAGUACUGCAUGCCCGAGGAGGGAGUCCAGCUCACCCCCAAGGCCAACCUGCUGACCACAGAGGAGAUCCUGACCCUCGCCCGGCUCUUUGUGAAGGAAGGCGUCGACAAGAUCCGGCUCACGGGUGGAGAGCCGCUCAUCAGGCCAGAUGUGGUGGACAUUGUGGCCCAGCUCCAGCAGCUGGAAGGGCUGAGGACCAUUGGUGUCACCACCAAUGGCAUCAACCUGGCCCGGAUGCUGCCCCAGCUUCAGAAGGUUGGUCUUAGCGCCAUCAAUAUCAGCCUGGACACCCUGGUGCCUGCCAAAUUUGAGUUCAUCGUCCGCAGGAAAGGCUUCCACAAGGUCAUGGAGGGCAUCCACAAGGCCAUCGAGCUGGGCUACAACCCUGUGAAGGUGAACUGUGUGGUGAUGCGAGGCCUUAACGAGGAUGAACUCCUGGACUUUGCGGCCUUGACCGAGGGCCUCCCCCUGGACGUGCGCUUCAUAGAGUACAUGCCCUUUGAUGGCAACAAGUGGAACUUCAAGAAGAUGGUCAGCUAUAAGGAGAUGCUGGACACUGUCCGGCAGCAGUGGCCAGAGCUGGAGAAGCUGCCAGAGGAGGAGUCCAGCACAGCCAAGGCCUUUAAAAUCCCUGGCUUCCAAGGCCAGAUCAGCUUCAUCACGUCCAUGUCUGAGCAUUUCUGUGGGACCUGCAACCGCCUGCGAAUCACAGCUGAUGGGAACCUCAAGGUCUGCCUCUUUGGAAACUCUGAGGUAUCUCUGCGGGAUCACCUGCGAGCUGGGGCCUCUGAGCAGGAGCUGUUGAGAAUCAUCGGGGCUGCUGUGGGCAGGAAGAAGCGGCAGCAUGCAGGCAUGUUCAGUAUUUCCCAGAUGAAGAACCGGCCCAUGAUCCUCAUCGGUGGGUGACCCAUCAAGCUAUUUUUGAUGUUCCGUGAUUCCCCACCAGCCAAUCCAAGCAUUUCCUCCUGGGAUGCCCUCCAUGUUGAGGGUCUAAGAUCCAGAAUGAGUUUCUCCAGCCAGAUGGCCACUUUAUGGAAAGGAUACAGGGUCCCCCAGACCCCUCCUCUAGCCCAGCAGCAGCUGGGGUCUGGCUCCUUUCAGAGACACUACACUUCCCAUGCAGACUCAGAUGCCAACUCAAAGUGCCUUAGCCCAGGUUCCUGGGCUUCUGCUGCCCCCUCAGGACCCCAGCUAACCUCAGAACAACUAACUCAUGUGGACUCGGAAGGACGGGCAGCAAUGGUAGACGUGGGCAGGAAGCCAGACACAGAACGGGUGGCUGUGGCCUCAGCCGUGGUCCUCCUGGGGCCUGUAGCCUUCAAGCUUGUCCAGCAGAACCAGCUCAAGAAAGGAGAUGCCCUGGUGGUGGCCCAGCUGGCUGGAGUCCAGGCAGCCAAGCUGACCAGCCAGCUGAUCCCUCUGUGCCACCACGUGGCCCUGAGCCACGCCCAGGUGCAGCUGGAGCUGGACAGCACACGCCAUGCCGUGGAGAUCCGGGCAUCUUGCCGGGCUCGGGGCCCCACCGGGGUGGAGAUGGAGGCCCUGACCUCUGCUGCAGUGGCCGCCCUCACCCUGUACGACAUGUGCAAGGCUGUCAGCAGGGACAUCGUGUUGGAGGAGAUCAAGCUCAUUAGCAAGACUGGUGGCCAGCGCGGGGACUUCCAUCGGGCUUAGCUCCUUCCUGCCAUUCUCACCCAUGGCCCAGCCAGGCCUGGAGAUGGGAUGCAAUUUGGGCUGAGGGAAAGAGGUCAGGUUCCUUUAAUCACGGUCACUGUUUACCUUGAGCAGUAAACCCGAAGAGAGCCUGCUGUACUACUAGGCCUGCUGCUAGAUGAUCUCUAAUGAUCAAUGGAGCUUCCUUUCUUUAGGGAAGAUACCAGCAGGCCCUCAAGCCUUCCGGGACAGACACUAAGGUCAUGGGAGCGGGACUGCAGCCAGCAAUGCUAGGUAACUGAGAAAUCAUGUUCUUUGUGGACUAUUGCAGACCACCAGUUUCAGACAGUCCAGCCCAGAACUUUUCCUUCUCAUUUUGGGUUUUCUCUUCUCCUGCCCUCCUGGGGAGAGAUUAAGGGCUCAUUAAGCAGAGGAGCCCACUUUGAGGAGAGCAGAGCACAAGCUUGACUGAGUAAUGCAUCCCAGCUUCUCCCCAGCAGCUCUGCCUCCCUCAGUCCGUGAAGCCGCAGCCCUGUCCUGCCCUGACUUCAUCUCUCCUUCUGCCCAAGUCUGCGUCCCUUCAAACUUGCAGGCUUUCAGCUUAACCGCUGCCCAGUCUUGCUGGCCCCCUUUCCUCAGGACCCCUCCUCUGAAACAGGAUAUGCACACAUGGGUCACAGCCCUAAGGACUCCUGAUGGACCACGCAGCCCACACCUGGCCCUGCUCAUGGCUGUUUCACCCACCCCUCUUGAUUCUGGAGCAUAUCAGGGAAAGAAGACGACGAUAGAUUGCCUUCACCCUCACAGCGCACAAAUAAAGCUAUGAUGCCAACUUUGCA